GCGGGUGCGUGGUCGGUGUGUGUGCGAGCACGAGCGGAAACGGCGUUUGUUGUUCUUCCCUCUGUUUCCGAGACGUUCAGGGUCUAAACGGGUUCAACAGCCGCGUCUGCAUGUUGCUGCCAAUUCCCGCAAUAACCCGUCUUCUACCGCCCCCGAAUGAAGAUUAACAGGUAUGCCAAAGGAAAAAUAUGAUCCUCCAGAUCCCCGCAGAUGUUACACCAUCAUGCCAGCCGACGAGGCGGCAAGUGGGAAGAAGUCUCACUGGUCCGAGCUCGAGAUAUCUGGGCGGGUGAGGAGCCUGAGCAGCUCAUUGUGGACACUCACCCACCUCACAGCGCUGCACAUCAAUGACAAUAACCUGACCCGCAUCCCGCCAGACAUCGCCAAGCUGCCCAACCUGGUCUACCUGAACCUGUCGUCCAAUAAGCUCCGCAGUCUGCCCGCCGAACUGGGCAACAUGGUCUCUCUCAGGGAAUUGCUUUUAAACAAUAAUCUUUUACGAGUUCUGCCUUACGAACUUGGAAGGCUUUUCCAGUUACAAACCCUCGGGCUAAAAGGAAAUCCUUUGUCCCAAGACAUCCUCAAUUUGUACCAGGAGCCAGAUGGAACCAGAAAGCUUUUGAACUACAUGCUCGACAAUCUAGCAGUGCACCCAGAGCAGCUCCCCCAAAGACCUUGGAUCACUCUGAAAGAGCGAGACCAAAUGAUCCCCACCGCUGUGUUCACGGUUAUGUGCUACAACGUGCUGUGCGACAAGUAUGCCACGCGACAGCUGUAUGGUUACUGUCCAUCCUGGGCCUUAAACUGGGAGUACAGGAAGAAGGGAAUCAUGGAGGAAAUCACCAGCUGUGACGCUGACAUCAUCAGCCUACAGGAGGUGGAGACAGAGCAGUACUACACGUUGUUUCUGGAAACACUAAAGGAGCGCGGCUACGACGGCUACUUCUGUCCAAAAUCUCGUGCCAAACUGGUUUCAGAACAGGAGAGGAAACAUGUGGACGGCUGUGCCGUGUUCUUCAAGACUGAGAAGUUCACUUUGAUCCAGAAACACACUGUGGAGUUCAAUCAGGUAGCCAUGGCUAACUCUGAGGGUUCAGAGGUCAUGCUGAACAGAGUGAUGACCAAAGACAACAUUGGGGUGGCCGUGCUGCUCGAGGUCAAUAAGGACAUGUUCUCCGGGGGCAUGAAGCCGCCUCAGGAGAGGCAGCUCAUCCUGGUGGCCAACGCCCACAUGCACUGGGACCCCGAGUACUCGGACGUUAAGUUGAUCCAAACCAUGAUGUUCCUGUCAGAGUUAAAGAGCAUUGCUGAGAGGGCCUCGGGCUCUGUGGCAACGGGAUCGCCGACCUCUGACCCGUCCUCAAUCCCCAUCGUCCUGUGCGCUGACCUCAACUCGCUGCCUGACUCCGGUGUGGUGGAGUAUCUGAGCAACGGAGGAGUGGCCGAGAACCACAAGGACUUUAAGGAGCUACGCUACAGCGAAUGUCUGACCAACUUCAACUGCAACGGCAAGAACGGAAACUCGGAUGGAAGCAUCACACACAGCUUCCAGCUUAAGAGCGCCUACGACAGCAAUCUGAUGCCUUACACCAACUACACAUAUGACUUCAAGGGUGUGAUCGACUACAUCUUCUUCUCCAAGACCCACAUGAGCGUCCUGGGCAUGCUCGGACCGCUCGACAGCCAGUGGCUCAUAGACAACAACAUCACGGGCUGCCCCCACCCGCACAUCCCCUCGGACCACUUCUCCCUGCUGGCCCAGCUGGAGCUGCACCCUCCCCUGCCCCACCCGCUCAACCCCCUCAACGGGCUGCACCUGCCGGUCCACAGGUAGUGCAGCCUGAGAAUGAGAGAGAGCGCCCCGCCUACCCCUUUUUACCCCACCUUUUAAACACUGUCCCACCCUCCUCCUCCCUCCAGCUUUAUACAGGACUCUGUACAGUUUACCGAUCACGUUAAACUCGGACACCAUCUGACCGCCUCUAACCCCAAAAGGAGUGAAGUAUUUGCCCCGGGUGUUGCUCCUUUUUAUGUUUUUGCACACUGUAUAUUUUUAUUUUUUUCCUUUCUCCCUUUGAAAAGGCUUGAUACCAAAUGUUGGGCUUGGGAUGAAGCAUUUCCCAACGUCUGUUUUGUUUUUUUGUUUUUGGCUUAGUUGUAAUCAUGGCCGCUUAAAGAUUCCACAACAACAAACUAAUACUAACAACUGUUUAAGGUAAAUCUACUACACAAAUGUAAGCGUCAUUUCACACAGCUGUGAAAUUUUUAGAGUACAGACACGUGAUCGUAUUAAUGCUGCACAGUUUAUAGAGCUGAAACCUGCUUUCACUCACAGAUUAACUGACAGGUAUUUAAUUGAACGGGGGUUCAACACUACAAAAACAAAACCCUCAAACUUUUGGAUGUUAUAGGAGAAUGUAGAAGGAUUGUUUCUGUUGGUAAUUUUUUGGCAAAAAGGUCCUUAUUUGAGAUUCAAAAAACUAAUUUGAUAAUAAGUAGGGAAAUGGGUGCAAAUUUUUAAGGAUAAAAUGUGCAAACUGGGUGUUUUUUAAAAAAAAUAAUGCUAUUUAGCAUUGAGGUAUGCGUCAUCCUGGAUCCAUGUUUAGAAUUAGGCCGAUGUCACUCAGCAUUCUAUGAAUUUCUUUCACUUUACCUCGGUGCGGUACAUGUCUUUUAUAAAAGGUUUUUUUCUUUUUGCAAAGGCUUUUGUUCUCUGCAGCUCUGAAGUAAUAAAACAAUCAGUUGUUCGAAUAUUUUUCUAAGCAUUGCAGGCAGAUUUGCUCAGACACUGCCUUUUUCCUGACAUCCACAAACAGUCUGCUUCACAGUUUUAGCUUUUCAUGCUGUGGUUUUUAAACCCCUGAUCUGCCUGGCCAAAGAAUCCCCCACAGCACGUGACAUGUCCUCCGUCAGUAAUAAGACCUUUAUUUAUCGGUGCCAGAGAGAAAACGUAUAUCGUUUAAUGUUUUAGUCGAUGUUUCCUGACCAAGAGGCUGAAUGUAUUUACUAAAAAGGCUCGCUAUGAAUUUGGUUCUCUGAGCCGAUUAAUGCCAGAUCCCUGUGGACUCUAAACUUUGUGUAUUUGUGUCAGAUGAUUAGAAGGAAUAGCUCUUUAUUCUGUAAGUCGUAACUCAGGGCUAUGCUAUGCAUCCAGCAGCACCUUUCACACUAAAGACUCUCAGAGUCACGUCGUACGAGCAAAACCAAACAGGAAGCUACUGUUCUGAAAAAGCACAGGUAAUGUAUGUGUUUGCAUACAGAUAUGCUGUUGUUCAUCUUGUCGUUAUAGAAGUCCCAGGACUUUGUGCAUUUUUGAUAAAAUACUGAUGCACUUUUACUCCUAACCUGGGAAAAUCAAAUUUGUCCUAAUUUUAGAAGGUACAAAUAAAGCAUAUUUGAUCAGUUUUAAUUGAAUAAGACUUUAGUUUGCUUUAAGGCCUUUAGAGAGGCUGACACGAUGAAUGAAAGGGAUCGGACUGGGUGUCAGUACUACAUGUUUUCAGUGCCAGUACAAAGAAAAUGAGAAAUUAUUUUUUAAGAUGGAGAGGGAGGAACAUAAAUGUUUUGGGGGUUUUUCUCAAAAAAAUCUUCUCAAAUGUUUAAACCAGCAUCCAAAUCCACACACUAAAAUCUGUAUCCUGUUUAUUUUGGGAACUUUGCUCUAGUCUCUGCCCUUUUUAACCCGUUGUGUGGUUUCUGUCAGCUGUUAAAUUCUUAAAACAGAAUAUCACUCUUUCAAUACACUGGUCACAAUUCAGCUAUGCAAACUGAGACAACUGGACAUGGCUUGUAUUAAAGUGGAUGUUAUGUAUUUCCAGCUCAAUCUACCAGAGUAGCUUUGUAUGAAUACUGUUCAGAAUAAUCCUUAUUUAUCUUACACUGGGCCUUACUGCAGCCGCUUAGUUCCUCCUCUGUUUGAAACGACUAGUUUUAGCUCCUCUCUCAUUGAGUUCAAGUACGGCAUGUGGACCAGUGGCGGCUCGUAGUAACAAGGAAAGUUGAAGUACAUGUAAAGUGUUCAUAAAGCAGCACAGAGGAGACCAAAAGAGCUUUCCUCUUGAGUUUUAACCCUUCUGUUGUAUCUGUCAUAACAGACACUGUUGGUGCCAAGAAAUAUCACCUCAUUAAAUACCAUUAAAUUUAAAAACCAGGACAAAAAUAAUGAACCUGACUAUCUAAAUGUGUCUGUGCAGCCCUCAAUCAUACUCUUCCUGCUUUAUGACCACCCUCUCUUUAAGUCAGCUUUCUUCUGAUUGGCUGCCCCUCUUAAAUUGCAGCUAGGUGGGGCUUCUGUGUCUGAGAUGACCAAAUCAAGGAUAUCCAUCUUUUGGCCUCAUACAGACCUAAGAGUAGGAAAAAAAAAGAAAAAGAAAAGCUAAGCUUAAUGCCACCACUCAGCUGUUUAGCUCCCUUUCCCCUUCUCUUCAAGUCAAAUUUCUUCUGAUUGGUUGCCCCUCAAAAACAGCCGGUGGGUGGCGCUUCUGUGCCAGCAUGACCUUAUUUGGCAAGUCUUCUCCAUUUGGCCUCAUAAAGAAACGAGGGUUAAAAAAACUGUCUGAAGCAGUCUGAAGCACGGGAUUUAAGCUCACAGGCGUUACUUGUACAUAUGUUGACUUCAAUAUUUGAAACCUUGGACAUAUUUACUAUGAACAUUGUGUCCUAUUAUUUUCUUUUUACCCCUCAUUUCUACACUGGAAGAGGAAAAGUUGAAAAGACUGGGAACCACUGGUCUGAACACAGAAAAGUUGAGCUUAUUUAAAUCAGGAACCAUCUGAUUUCAAAGAAUGAAUUCAAAACAUCUGAUAUUAAACACCAGCUUUUUCUACACAUUUUAACUGGUACAGCAUGAUGGUUGACACCCAGUCCUGUCUGUGCAGGCAGAUGUGCCUCUCAGUGAUAAACAUAUCUGGCAUAUUUCAUACUGCAGUGUCUAGUAAACCCGGAUUAGUUAAACCAGUCUAAGCUUUUCCUGUGUUUGAAAGCCAUAAUUCUGGGAUACGUGGUGUCAGCACAGCGCGGCGUGUAACCAUGUAGCUGCAGCUUUAAAUCGCAGGUUCUUCACUUUAACUGGCCUUCUGUUGCACAUGAUUUAACGCUAAUGAGUUCACCUCUGGGUUCGGUGGAUUCGAUCCUGGUGAGCAUUUAGAGGCCUAUACUUCACUCCUGAACUAACCUCACAGGGUUUUUAUUUCCUGGUUUUUGUACCACAGCUGUACAUAAAUGAAUCUGUCUUUGAUGACGGCGUGUCUUUCACAUCUGUGAGGGGAAUGUACCAUUCUCCUGAUAAAGGGGCGUAAAA